AAGUUUCCAGACACAAUCAGAACACCUCUCGCAGCACCGACACAGGCGCUCGACCACUACAGACUCAAUUCGAGACCGACACCGGCGCGGCGCAGCUCUGAAAAUCGCACGCCAUGCCUGCAAUCAGAGGCGCAAACAGCAAGAGGAAGGCGAGGCGGUAUGCCGCGAUCCGUGACAUCGAUCAGAUCUACGCCGACAAGCAGGACCAAAAGCACCUUCAGCAGUUCAAGGACACCAAAGCGUUGGAGGAUCUGCCCGGGUUCGGCGAGUGGUAUUGCACGGAAUGCGCAAAGUGGUUCGAGUCAGAGACCAACUACCAGCGCCAUAGCAAAGGCAAACCACACAAGAGACGCGUCAAGCAACUGAAGGAGGAACCACACACACAGAAGGCGGCAGAAGCGGCAAUUGGGUUGCGGACAGACACCGACAAGAAGAUCGUGGAAGAGGACAUGGAGGACGUUACGGAUGAAGACAUUCGAUGAAGAUUCAGUCUCAUCAGCCCCCACAGAGACUGAAAGCACUUUCGGUUCCCUACGCGUCGGAUUCAGCACAAUGUGCUCUUUGGAUGCGACCUGUCAACGUAUUCC